GACCUUCUUCUCCCUUUUUUUUUGUUGUCCACAACAAUCUUAAAACCGUCCACAUCAAAAUGCUGAAGUUGGUGGUGCUGUCCGCUGUACUGGCCGUCGUUGCCGCUCGUCCCGGUGCCCUCACGUACGCCCCGUACGCGUACGCACCGGCCGCUUACAUCGCCAAACCAGAGAUCUACUACCAGAAGAGCAUCAUCGAGGAACCGACGGUGGCGCACGUUGGCAGUCUGGUGAAAACCAUCCCGACCGCCGUGUCGCACCAGAGCUCCACCAUCGUGCACAACUCGGCCAAAAUCACCGAGCCGAUCUACGCACCGGCCGUGAAGCAGACGCUGGUUUCGACCCCGAUCGCCAAGACGACCUACAUCGCAGCGCCGGCGGCCUAUGCUUAUGCUGCCCCCGCGUUGGCCUAUCACGAUGCUUACGCUUACCAUCAUCUGUAAACCUGUCAAAAGGGUAUUCGAUGAGAAAUAAGGAUUUCGAGUGAGAUGCGAAGCGAGCUAAGGAGUGCGUGUGCGCCAACCGUUUGGCGGAGUGAUACAUCCGGUGAGAUUCCUGCCGGAUAUAGGCCAUGGGAGGAAGCGGCAAAGGACAUUUCGGUCUACGUUUCACCGCGGAUGUGAGGAGUAGUUUUUCAUUGUUCAUUUUGAUUGUUGGUGAAAGAUUGAAAAACACACACACACAGAGCCCCGACGUCUGCUGUGAAAUAAAACAAAUGUCUCACAAA